GGUGGCGCUUCUACAUUUUGACAGACUUUUUGACACAUGUUUAAAAAAGUGAGGUCAGUUAAUACACCACAAAAUGAGAAAUCUAGAAGAUUUUUCUGUUCCCAACGAUGGCGAAAUAACCUUAUGCGAGAUAAAUGGCCGAAUGCAAUGUAUGAACUACGAAUACGCCAACGUAUCUUCAUUUACUACUUCGGUUGAUAAACACCCGAAAAUCCACGUAACUCGAGACUUGGUACAUCACACGGCAUUAGGCGAUGAAAUUAAAGCGUUAUUCCUACCAACGGAUGUGCCUUUUUUAAAACAACUGACGCAGGUGUAUUCAGAGCAGGGAAUUCAAGAAGUGUUGCGAACUGCGUCUUUUCACCAUCAUUUCGUUAUUUCACAUAGUGCUUUGUUGGUUUUGAAGGUUUUAAAGUACGUUAGGAAAGUUCAGUUGCUGUUAAAUCCGAGUUUAGAGUAUAAUGGGCCUGAAUUGAUUGAUGAAUUGUGCCAAACAAGGAACUGGGCAAACAAUUUAGUAAGAUGCAUUGCGUGGCAUCAUCACACGUCUCGAUUGGCAGUGGCUACUAAUGAUGACAGUGUAAGGAUUUAUUGCAGUGAUACUAAUUUUGUGUCACUUUUAAGAUGUAAGCAACAAAAGAACGUUGUGUGUUUGGCGUGGAGACCAAUGUCUUUAACAGAGAUAGCAGUUGGACAUGAAAAUGGAAUCAUUAUUUGGAAUGUAGACUUUAAUUCACUGGUUGCAAGACCUUCAGUAAGCAACACUGUAAUGUUGCACAGAGUAGAACAUCAACUGUUGAUGAGUCUAGUUUGGAGCCCUAAUGGUAGCAUCUUAGUGAGUGCAGCAGGGCGUGAUUCAAACAUUCUUGUUUGGGAUGUUGAAUUAAAUAAAACUAGUAUAUUAAAAGGGUCCAGAGAAUCUGGAAAUAUACUUUUAAAAUGGUCUCCAGCAAAAGACAAACUUUUAAGUGUGUCAAGUGGAAUUGUUUUUAAAAUAUGGGAUUGUCAACACUGGGAGAGUGACCGCUGGACUGUAUUAUCAGGGCGCGUUCAGUCUGCGUGUUGGUCAAGUUGUGGUACACAUUUAUUGUUUGCCACCAACACUGAGUCAAUAAUUUAUGGUUUGACAAUAAAGAGUGACCAGAUAUUUACAAGCAAUUCAGACACUUCAAUUGAUCAUGCAGUGCCAUUAUUUGAUCUUACCAAAUUAGAUUUAGAAGGCAUUGCAGUUGGAGGGACUGUACAAAGCAUGGAGACUGAUCCAAAAGGAACUCAUUUGGCGGUGUUCUUUAAAGAAACGAACUGUGUCGCCAUUUUUAAUGUUGUGACAUCCCCUUUGCUUCAAUUAAUUGCCAGUUCUUUGAUUGUGGGUUUGGCUGCAGAAGUGCCAACUGCAAUAACUUUCCAACAAAAUUUUAAGCCUGGUGCUUGCCUUACUAUUGCUUGGUCCAGCGGCCGCAUUCAACACUUUCCAAUUAUUUAUACUGAUUUAGCGAAUGAUUUUAACGUUAACCAUUCUGUGCGUUCAAUUAAUAAUUCGCGUUAAUAUUUAGGAUUUUGUAACAAAGUAAUUUUACAUCAAAGAAAUGACUUAUUUAUUACAUUUAAUAAAGAAAAUUUAAAAUAA